AUGCAUCAAUGGAUUGACAUCGAGCCCCACCUGGCCAAAGAAGUCAAGGACUCCUUCGAGGGGGCGGAGACGGCCAAGUACACAAUUUCCAGCUUUGUCGCGCUCUGGAGGGUCUUCCUGACUCUGCUCCAGCAGACCACAUCUUCUCAGGUAGUCUGUGUCCUCGAUGGUCUCGACGAGUGCGAGAGGGAAUCACUCAGACAGCUUCUAGAUGCCGUUGGAAGCUACUUGUCGAAGUCUGUGGAAGGGUCAAAGCCACGACUGAAGCUCAUUAUCCUCUCCCGACCUCAGCUGCCUGAGUUGGAGAGUAAACUCGGUCGCUAUCAGCAGAUUCAAUUGGACGCCUCCGACACGGAAACUACACAAGAUGUUGAGAGAUAUAUCUUUGCCAAGGUCGCGGAACUGGCAUCCGAGCAAGACCUUUCCGAAGAGAUGGUCGCGCAGGUUCAGCAGAGUCUGCUAGCUGGCGCUGACGGUACCUUUCUGUGGGUUGCAUUCGUUGCCAAUGAGCUUGAGGGCCGGAGUUGGAGCAAGAUUGAUGAAGUGCUCCGUAAAAUUCCGAAAGGUCUAGGUGGGAUUUAUCAGCGGCUUCUUCGGCAGGUCGACGACAAGGAAGCUUUGGCCCCCAUUCUUCAAUGGGUUGUUCUCGCUGCCCGGCCCCUCACAUUGAAAGAAUUGGCUAUGGCCGCAGGGAUCGAGGCGGUCGGUAUUAUUCCAGCAACGGAAGUGAUCCGGAGGCAGCUUAGCGUCGGCGGGUUGCUCGUCAAGGUCGAAGGAGACGUCGUCUAUCUGGUUCACGAAUCGGCGAAAGAAUUCUUCCAGAGCGAUCAAGUCAACAUCAAAGGGAUCGACAUGUUCCAUAUGGGCCAGGAAACCCACAGGAAGCUCAUGCAGACUUGUUUGGCUCACGUAGAAUGCGGGUACGGAAAUUCCAGCACGCCCGACCGGGAUCCCUUCUUAUCUUACGCCAGCCAAUACUGGCCGGUGCAUUUCCACCACGCCAUUCAUGUGAUCGAUUCAGCGACAGAAUUAUCGCGUCCGUUCUUUCGCGUGAACUCUCCCAUCUGGACAGAAUGGUUAAAGGUUUACUGGGAGCAGGAGAAGAACGGCGGCAGCCCGCCCACCUUCACUCUCUUGCAUCUCGCGGCAUACUUGGGAAACGUACCCUGGGCCAAAAGGUUACUCGGCACACAUGCCCGCCUUAUUUCACGGAAAGACAAUUACGGCCGGACACCUUUGUACUGGGCAGUCAACGGAGGUCACCAAGAAAUGGUGGAGCUGCUGCUUAAUCAUGGCGCACAUGUCAACUUCAAGGAUCGAAGCAUGUUGACUGCUUUACACAUAGCAGUACUCGGUCAAAACAGAGACGUUGUGAGAGUACUGCUCGAGCACGGUGCCCACAUCGAGGCCAAGGGGGAGACUGGCGACACGGACACCCCAUUGGUGCGAGCUAUUUUGGUGAACUCGAGAGAAAUUACGGAGGAACUACUCCAGCAAGGAGCGCGUGUGGAUAAACUGCCAUCUCUUCUGGGAGUUGCUUCUCUGAGGGGGGCUAUGGAUUCGUUAGAUGAACGGGUGAAAGAGCUACUUGGGCUCCAGGAGCAGGUCCUGAAUGCGCGUUUCAAGAAUUCGACACGACUUGUGGACUUGGUCACGAAGGGACUGGUUCUAUCCAUCCGCAUUCCUCUGAUCCUUGAAUUGAUGACCCUCUAUCUCAAGUAUCUGGCGUUGAACCGCAUGGACAGUCUACCUGUGCUGCGGGAGCUGGUCCAAGGAAACAAGAGAAGGCAACUGCGGGCAUGGGCAAAACCGUACCAUGUGUUCCUCGCGGGGCUGGUGUAUGCUAAGAGUGCAAGGAAGCUCCAGGCCAUGGGCGACCUGCCGACAUAUGUCUUGCAGAAGGCCACGCCAGGAGAUAUGCAGGCACUGGUGGUCAUCAUGACCUAUACCGGCAUGGAGACGAAAUUCACAGCUAUCCAACACGGAUGGAAGCCAGGAGACGACAUCACAUCUGCGGCAAUCGCAGACUGGGCCGGGAUCGCCUACGAGAGGGACUCUCUAGAGUACUUCCACCUCGGCAUCCGAGAAUUUCUGAUCGAUUUCGACUGUUGUAUCCGGAAAGAGAACCGGGAAGAGAGCGUGCUCCGAACGACCCUACUCAUGACGGUCCACUUCGCCAUGCUCGACAAACAGAAAGCAGGGCCGAUCGAGUACAUAUGCCGGGUCACCGCGGAGUUCUUUGAAGGAUAUAUCGGCAGCGCUUACGAGGUUGGAUUGUUCAGCGACGCGAACCAGGCGUACGCAAACAAGAUGCUCGUCGCCAGCGACAGCCGGGACUCCGCCCUGCUGCGUCUCCUCCUCGUCACCAUCUUCCAGUGCGCCCAGCAGGCCAACGAGAAGGGACAGGACCGCUUUCUCAACAUACCCUCGGCCGCGUGCUUGAUCCUCUGCCAGGAAAACGCCACCGCCCACCGGUGGCUCAUUGGCGAGGCCAUCCCGGAGGAGAUGGCGGCGUUGAUAGCCCAGCAGCAUCCGGGAGCGCUGCAGAGGCGGGCUUCUAAGGCUUUGAUAGAGUGUCUGAUCAUUAGGAAACGGUACGGCUUGAACGCGCAGAAACAAAGUGCCGAGAAGCAUCUGCGGUCCUUGCCGGAGGUUGAACAUGUGAUGAAUCGCAUACUGGGUGUAUAA